GUAGGCGCGGGGCAGCAUGGGAGUUAAUUUGUUCCUGAUCACGUGGUGCCGCCCUGCGAAGUCGAGACAAGAUGGACGCAGGAUUCUUUCGGGGCACCAGUGCCGAGCAGGACAACCGUUUUGCCAACAAGCAGAAGAAGCUGCUCAAACAGAUGAAGUUUGCAGAUGGCUUGGAAAAGAAGGUUGACAUGACAAAGGUGAACAUCGAGACCAUCAAACCAUGGAUCAAACAAAAGAUAAACGACAUGCUUGGAUUCGAGGAUGACGUAGUCAUUGAUUACGUCUUCAACCUGCUGGAAGAGGAAAAGGAGCCAGACCCCAAAUGUAUGCAGAUCAACCUGACGGGGUUUCUGAAUGGGAAGAAUGCGCGAGAGUUCAUGGGGGACCUGUGGAAACUUCUGGUCAGUGCACAGGACAACAUCGCAGGCAUUCCCGCUGAGUUCCUGGACAAGAAGAAGGAAGAGAUAAAACAGAGACAGCUUGAACAGGAGCGUAUCCAGGCGGGGCUGAAGCGUUACCAGGAGCUGAAAGAACAAGAGGAGAAGGAGGAAGAAGUGAAAGUAGAAGAGGGGGAGGAAGAGAAAAAGGACAAAGCAGAGGGAACACAGGAGGACGGCACACACACUGGGGAGGCCGCUAAGGAGGAGUCUCCCACCCAGGCUAAUCCUGCCUCUACUCCUCAGCCUAAGAAAAGCUCAGAGUCCAAGUCUCCUUCUAAAGAAGAACCCAAGAAAAGAAGCCCCUCUCCCAAGAAAGCGGAAGCAGACCCUCCUGCAAAAAAGAGUAGUAGUGAACAUGAAAAGAAGCGGGACCGUAGGCGGUCGCGCUCGCGAUCUCGCUCGCGAUCCAGGUCCAGAUCCCCGCGCAGAUCUAGAUCCCCCAGACGAAGCCCUCAUCGCAGAAGGCGGCGAUCCUCCAGGUCCCGAUCGCCACGCCGUCGCUCGCCGCCACGCCGCAGGUCCCCACCGCGCCCAUCCCGACGCAACAGAGCUGACAGGGGAAGAGGUUGGAUGACCCAAAGACCUCAGAGGGGGAGAGGUUGGCUGCUACAAAGGGACCGUCGCAGAGGGCGAUCUCGGUCCAGGUCAGCGAGCUCCGGAUCGUCGGGUUCAUCUGGGUCCAGGUCACCAGUGAGGCGUCAGCGGCGGCCAUCUUCCCCAGCCAAGCGGUCCCAGAAAGCAGCCCUGUCACCCAGCCGCAAGGACAAGUCACGUUCACCCGAACCCAAACAGAAGGCUGAAGCAGAUGUCAAGGAGGAGAAGAAGAUUGCGGUUGUUCGGCCCCUGGGCUCCCCCUCCCCACCCCCGGCACACUACAAGGCAAAAAUGGAGAAGGAGAAAAGUCGGGAUUCAGGGGAGGCUGACGAUGCUGGUCCUGCAUAUGAAUAUGUACCAAAGCCUGAUGGUCUGCAGCAGAGACGACAGUACAGGAAGCAGCACUCCUCUCCCUCAGAUUCCUCCUCGUCGUCGUCAGAUGAAGAUGACAGGAAGAAGCCUGGGAAGGACAGUGGGCGGCGGCAGCGGUCGUACUCCAGGUCCCGCUCCAGGUCUCCACGCAGACGCAGAAGGAGCUCCUCCCCAGACAGGCGCAGGGCAUCUCCAAGGAGACGUGGCAGAUCUCCGUCCCCUAGAAGACGCACCCCCUCCCCAAUCCUCCGCAGACCGCGGUACAGUCCCUCCCCUCCCCCUCGCAGACGACGGCGCUCGUUCUCCCGCUCUCCCAGGCGCCGGACACCCUCACCAAGAAGAAGGGGAACCCCGUCUCCGAGAAGAAGGGGCACUCCGUCGCCCAGAAGACGUACCACCCCCUCUCCUAGAAGACGUACCCCGUCACCAAGAAGACGCCGGACGCCGUCCCCACGUCGGCGCAGAAGCCCGUCUCCUAGGAGACGAUCGAUGACCCCGCCACCACAGAGAAGACGUCGCUCCCCCACCCCGCCCCCCAGGCGUAGAUCGCCCCUCACUCCCCCUCCACGGCGGCGUAUGAGCCCGUCUCCACGUCGAUCACCCAAACGGGCCCGACCCAGCAGAGAUCAUUCCCCAUCUGCUUCCCCUCCACCGAAGCGACGUGCCCCCUCCCCCCACAAGGAGUCCCCAUCCCCCGUCCGUAGACGGCGCUCCCCCUCUCCCCCUCCCCGGCGUCGCCGCACGCCCUCCCCACAGCCCAGACGGCAGUCCCGCUCCUCCCGCUCCCCACGCAGGAUGUCGGGAUCCUCGCCCCGACGUAAACAGGACGUGUCGCCCAGACGCAGGUCUGCCUCCUCCCCACGACGCCGGUCGGCCUCGUCCCCACAGCGCUGGUCAGCUGGGUCACCAAAGAAACCAGUCAAGGAGGUGUCUCCAAGUCCUGUGAAGCGGAGGAAGAGAAGUGCUUCAGGCGAGAGAUCCCCAUCUCCAGAUCGAGCUCCCGUGGUUAAGAAGAAGCCGUCUCGCUCACCCUCGGGCUCCAGAAGUCCAUCUCCUAAACCAGCCCCGAAGAAGAAGAGCAAGAAGGAAGAGUCAGGGUCUGAAAGUGCUGACAAGGAGUCUGAUGCUGAAGUGAAGAAGAAGUCCAAGAAGGAGAAGAAGCACAAAAAACACAAGAAGCACAAGCACAAGUCCAAGCACAAGAAACACAAGAAGGAAAAAGAGGAGGAAAAAGAGGGUUCAGAAAGUGGGGAGGAGGAUGACAACCUUGAUGAACUGGAGCGAAAGUUACGAGAGCGAGCGCUGCAGUCCAUGCAGAGCAGAGCUAAGAGCUCCAAGUCAAACUCCCCUCAAGAUGAAGACUAGUCUAGCAAUGAGCCAGUUCACGGUUUUGAACUGUGCAUGUGGCGUGGGGUGCACUGUUGGUAACUUGUCAAAUUUGAAGGCCCAUGAGAUAUAAACAAAACUUGUUUGUACAUGUAUAACGCAUGGUAUGGACAAGAUGAUGAUGGACAAGAACUGUUAGGGGCCAUCGUCUUUGACAUUACGCCUGCACAGUUCAAACCAUGAGCUAGCAUAUUGUCUUAGCAUACCUUAUGUUGUAGGUUAUACAAUUGAUGUAACAGCAAGAAAAUGAAAGAAAAGUAGCUCUGUUCUUUGAGCCUUUGUUCAAUUUUAUUUGCUGAAUAAUACAAUACUAGUAGUCAGAAUUGUAACAGUUAAGACACUCGGUUUAGUUUUGGUUGGUGAAUUUUAGGUAUCUUCAAAAUUGAAUGCUGUAUGUGUACAUGAAUAUGUUUCUUUCUCUUUAGUUGUUUAUUUUAGCUGGACUUAGUCCAACUGAAUGGUUGUCAUAGGUGGACAUGGUCCAUCUCAAUAGCUGCUCAGUUUUUUAAAUGCUCGAUUAAGAGUUCAGCGUAAAACUGCCACUUUGGGGGAUGACUUUGACUUGACUGUUAUGGACAUGUGUAUUAGAACUGGAUAGUAUUAGUAGGUAUGACAAGUAAUCAGAACUGCCAACUGAUAGUACAUGUACAAGAAUUGUGUUUUAGUUGAAUGAAAGGAUGUACAAGCGCAUGUAUGGCCAAAAGAAUUAAAGUAGUUGUGCUGCA